GGACACUGUAUAUAAAGAGCGAAACAAAAAAGAAAAAUGCUCUGCUUCUUCCAAACGUCAUUCUCUCUCCUUUUCCACUUUCUCUCUCCUCCCUUUUGCUAAGUAUACAUACAUUACAUACUAGCAGCAGCGGCGCUGUGUAAUUCGCCUCGCAUUGCUGCCAACAUGGAGCGAAAGCAGGGGUUUUUCUCAGCUCUCAAGGAGGAGGUGGUUCGCGGGCUCUCGCCGGCGCGGUCGAGGAGUGGCCGGAGCCAGUCGCCGUCCGCUUCGGGCCUGCUCCGUCGGAGGAGAGGCAGCAGCCUGGGCCCGCCAGAUAUAUACAUGAUGAGAUCGGGCAGUUUCAGGCCCGGGGUUGAGGCCCUCUCGCCCUUGAGGGAGGGCCCGGAUCCAAGCGGCCCGGAUUCUUCCGACCCGAAGAGCGAGAGGUGGGCCCAUUGGCUCUGCCGCGCCCCUUCCGUCUCCACCGCCGGCUCCGAUCUGCGGCUGCUUCUCGGCGUUUUGGGUGCGCCGCUCGGCCCCGUGCACGUUACCAACAACGAACCUCUGCCUCACCUCUGCAUCAAAGAUACCCCCAUUGAAUGUUCGUCGGCGCAGUACAUAUUACAGCAGUAUCUGGCGGCAUCCGGCGGUCAGAAGGUGCAGAGCUCAGUUCAGAAUGCUUAUGCAAUGGGGAGUGUGAAGAUGGUGACCUCCGACAUAGAGACGGCCACCAAGGUGUUGAAGAGCAGGAACUCGGCCGAGUCGGGGAGCUUCGUGCUGUGGCAGAUGAAUCCCGACAUGUGGUACGUCGAGCUAGCCCUCGGAGGGAGCAAGGUCCACGCCGGCUGCAACGGGACCCUUGUGUGGCGCCACACCCCGUGGCUCGGCGCCCACGCUGCCAAAGGCCCCGUUAGGCCUCUUCGCCGUGCCCUGCAGGGGCUGGAUCCAGGGACGACGGCGAGCAUGUUCGUGAACGCGAGAUGCACGGGGGAGAAGCAGAUCAACGGCGAGGAUUGCUUCACCCUGAAGCUCUGCGCGGACCCCCACACGCUCAAGGCGAGGAGCGAGGGGCCCGCGGAGAUCAUCAGGCACGUCUUGUUCGGCUACUUCAGCCAGAAGACGGGCCUCCUCGUGCACUUGGAGGACUCGCACUUGACGCGGAUUCAGACCAAUGGAGGGGACGCCGUCUACUGGGAGACCACCAUCAGCUCCUUCCUCGACGACUACAAGCCCGUCGAGGGGAUCAUGAUCGCCCACUCGGGGCGCUCCGUGGUCACCCUCUUCAGGUUCGGUGAGACGGCCAUGAGCCACACCAAGACCAGGAUGGAGGAGGCGUGGACCAUCGAGGAGGUCGCCUUCAACGUGCCGGGGCUGUCCAUGGACUGCUUCAUCCCUCCUGCUGAGCUCAGGUUCACCUCCAUGAGCGAGGCGUGUGACCUCCCUCAGGAGGAUAGGGUGAAGAGUGCCGUGGCCGCCGCGGCUUAUAGGGCCAAGGUGGCCGCGCUGGGGAGCUCCCACGACGGCAUUGUGGUCAGGAUGAAUGUGUAGCUCAGGGCUUUCAUUUCAAGGAAAUUAUUAGCCUAGGCAGACCAACGGAGAUAAGUAGUCAAGUUGGAAAAUUUAGCCAAUUUGAGGAGCUUUUUGUACCAUAGAUUCUCUUAUCUAUCUUAAUUUGUAUAUAUGUUGGAAAUGAGUCAUUGGUUCUCUCCCUGUCUGGAGCUCCAUAAUUGUCAACUUUUUUCCCCCCCUAUUAUUUAUAUAAAUCUAAUGGCACCUGUAAUACUGAUUUGAAUUAAACAAAA